AUGUAAACGUGCGAAAAUCUAUAAUCACAAACGCAAAUAGAAGUGUUUCCAUGUCGUUUGAAUAAAUGUGAUGUACAUCAUGAGAUAAUUGGCUAGAAUGUGGUUAAUAUUCUCCGAGAGAUUCACUUUACCAUUUGAUUAGGCACAGUGAAUACUUAGGUAAUAAAGUUUUGCAUGUGAGUGUUUUCCCGCAUCUGCAGUAUGGAUGUAGUAAACCGGCAAUUUUGAAUAUCUGCUUAUCGAUUUUGUCAGUACUUCACGAAUUCACUGCACGAGCGUUUACGGAAGUUGUUAUGUGAAAGGAAAGCACUGUAUCAUUUACUGGAGGAAAUUGCUGUUGCAAGCUGAGAGUUCUCAGCAUGGAAAUUUUGCUAAAGACAAUAUUCCCCUACUUCUGGAAAGAGAUGCUAUUCCUAAAGGCCAAAUUCAAUAUUUAUUAACAUCAGAAAUACCCCAUAAUUUCAAGUUGUUUACAAUGGAAGGAAAUUCCAUUUGUAACAGAGCAGCUGUCGUAUUCCUCAUAAGUUUUCGACAGUUGUGUCUAGUGACAGUUUCCCUACCACUUUGUGCAUUGCUCAUUUGUUUUGUUACUGCAUAUAUCUUCCAACAAGAUGACAUCCAUGAGACUCAUUGCAGGGUGUACAAUGUCAUCCCCUCAAUUAGUGCCAUCACUGGCAUCAGUCCUCAGAGAUAUCUUUGGAGGACCUGCAUAGCAUUUCACAUUGGACCACGGGUCAUAAUAGCAUCUGUAUAUAAAAUUCAUUACCGCUAUCUGCUGUCAAAGCUGUAUAGUGAACCAAAUGCCACAGCCAACAGGCUUCUGAAUCUCUGUUACUGGCUGAACAUGCUUGAGAUUGGAGCUUUGUGUGGAGUUACGUAUGUUUCCAAUCGAGAAAACUAUCCUGCACAUGAAAAAAUAUUCAUCACUUUUAUGAUUGGAUCAUUAAGUUACAUGCUUGUGACCUUGAAAGUUUUCAAAAUGGUUAAACCAACUAUGACAGAAAGUGAAAGGCGUUCAUAUUUUAUGAAAAAGGUUCUGUUUGGAACAUCUAUUUGCAGUACUGCUGGACUGUUAGUCUUCUUCCUCAAGCAUCGACUGUUAUGCCAUGAAAUGGCUUUCAGUUGGUUCUCUCUUUGUGAGUACAUCAUAGCUUGUGCCAACAUGGCCUUCCACUUCACAGUGGUCAUGGACUUCCCUACAGAGAACCUUGUUGUUGUCCAAGGUUCAUCUUCUGUGCCGCUUCCACUUAAUUCUGUGGAUUCAGAACAAAAAGUGAAAUAGUAACUCAGGUAUUUUUGCCAUGUCAAGUACUAAAGUGUGACACUGCCGUUACUUGCUUUUCUUGGAAUGGGAUAGCCAGUAGUGGCACAGGUUGUUUUUGAUGUACAACAUUUGCAUCUGAAUUUAAGAAUUAGUAAGCAGUGGUUACAGUAGUCAAUGAAAAGAAAUACUUGUCAGCUGCAUUCUCAUUAUAAACUUAGCACUAGUUUUAGUUGUGUUUGCAUAACAUUGGUGCUUACUAUCUUCUUAAAGUCAAACUGAGGUGGCUAGUUGUACUUGAAUCUAGAUUGCCUCAUGAAACUCUUAUGUGCCUUUUCUUCUUUUUGAUUUGGCCUAGAGAAUAACACACAUCUGGAAACAGAAAGGACUUAUAAUGAAUGAAAUUUUGAAAUGAGGCUAGUCAUUUUUUUAUCAAAAUUAGUACUUAAUCUAAGACAUAAACAUUGUUGAUAACACAUAUUUUUUGUGAUUAUUGACAUUAUUUGUAGGUUGGAUUUUGUUACAUUAGUUCCAGGUCUAAAACCAACUAUUUCUGUAACACAUCAACCAGGUUUUAAUACUUACACUAUUCAUAUAAUAAUUUUAGUAACUGGUAUUAGUAUUAUUUCUUAGUCUCUGCAGCUGUGAUACACAACACAUGAAGUGUAGUGGUUGGUUUGCACUAGAAGAUCACUGUGUAGAUUGAGAGUCGAGGUGAAUGUGACUUUCAAGUAUCAAGUCUGUGCAUUUCACUAGUACCUGCUCACAAAGGGACGCAUCCUUGUUACUUUUAAUGUCUUGCCAAAUAAGACACAUUAACAUAGGGACAUCAUUUAAUUGCACAUAUCAAAAGUAAUUGCUUCGGAAUACAAAAGAAAGCACCAAGCAUGUAUACAUUUUAGAUAGAUACUGAAAUGUUGGUGCAGAAUUUUGUAAAAUUUACCUCUUAUUUCAUUUUUUUCUUGAAGUCUGUACUCUGUUCAUAAUAAUUCUGUCAAUCUUAGCUGUAUGCCCAUAUGGGACAGAAGUGAUAACUAUGAGCUUUGUUAAUGUUGUUCAGAAUUUAUUCUGCAGUACAAUUGUGAAACAUUCCUGUGACUGCUUAGACAUAAAUAAUACUUCCAGUACUUUUUGUCUCAGAUUAGGUGAUGGAUAGUGUGUGUUGUGGUAAUGAUUCCAUCAGUAAGACUUAAAAGACUGUUUUCAUUGGACUUCCAUUCCCUAAUUAAUAUUUUAUUGUUUUUCAUUAUAAAUGUACACCGAAUCGCCUAUGAUAAACAUUAUGUGUGGAAUUUUUUCCUAUCUUGUUUUACCUGUAUGGAUCCUCUAAUUUCGAAGCUUGUUAUGGUUGAGUGUAAGAUUACUCUUAUUCUGGGGAUUAGCUCCAUGACGAGAGUAACAUUAGAUUAACAUAGCUCAGUAUUGUGGAACAGUGUCACUUUUUGCUAAUGGGUAGUGUAAACUUUCAUAGAAGUGUCACGUUGCCUUAGUGUGAGUAUCGUACAGCUAACAGAGGUUGAAGUUUAUCCAGAUAACAUUUCUCUAGUCACGAGUGGAAAAUUCAUAGUGAAGAGAUUCAGGUUGAGUACCGUAUUAUAAACAGUGUUCGAUGUGUGAUCCAAUUACUGUACAUUUACUGUACCAGUCAGGGAGAUAAGUAUAUUGUCAUUUGUAUCAUUGUAAAAAAAGUCAAAGAAAUUAUAAUUAAAUUUGGUACUCUCUCUCUCUCCAUCUUACUAAUUCUUCCACCCUUCCCCUCAUCUGCUUCUCCUUGCACUCUCUCCCUCCACUUCUCUUCUCUCUUAGUGUUACUGUCAUCCAUCUCAAGGAGCAAGAAAGUCAUCUAAUCAUUAGCAUUCAAAAUAUGUAGUGUGAUGCUUUUGUGGCCACCUGUUUCACCUACAUAUUAUAGUACACCACACGCAUUACAAAAUUUAGUCAAAUGAAUCAAUUUUGUCCCAUCAACUAAGAUAAAAUCUUCACUUGAAGCAGAAUAAUCCUUUAUAAUGUCACACCUUAAUGAAAAUGUAUCUCGGUUAAUGCCCUUAGAGGAACUGGAAUGAGUGAACUGUAACCUUUAAACAAAUUCUCAGCACUGGACGAAAACAAACAAACAACACAACACAACAAGGUGAACAUCUAAAUUUGUUGCAUACAAGAUUUUCUUGUUUGUAGACCUUAAGAUAUUAUUUUAUAACAUAUACUUACCGGUGAAAUCAACUAAUCAACAAUAUGAUUAGUAUGUAUUCUGCAGUGAGAAAUAUGGUACUUUACUGUUGAAGAACAAGGGAAGACAUAAAGUGACUUGCACAUUAUUAUUCCACAGCAAGAAACUGUAAUUGAUCAAAUCAUUACAGUACAAAAUUACCUAAAAAACUGACCAGUAGUCAGCCAUUCCUACACAAAAGAUGGCUGCAUGUUCCACUGAUCGUGAUUAUGUGAUUCUGUUUCUGGCUUCUGGAACUAUUGGUGCACAUUGGCUUGCAUUUUUUCACUCUUGACAAGAUUUUGCCCUCCAAGAUGUUCCUCAACACAGUGAACGUACAAUAUCAGGUAGCAAAGUAUCCUUCAUGCACCCCGAAUAUUUUCUAUGUCUGGUCAGAGCUGCUGCAAUAAAAACUAUUGUAUAUGAUGUUUGGACACUGCAUUUACAUCUAUGGCAACUCAUGUUGAACCAUCUGGUUUAUCUUGCAAUCUGUAAAAUGAAAUAUGAUUUCCAAAGGCAACCAUCUGUCCAUGAUGAAUAGGAUUAAACAGCAGUCCACCAUUGACUUCAUGACCAAAGAGAGGCAUUCUGCUAUUUGGCAGAUGAAAAAUAGUAUGCAUACUUUUCAAAGUAUAUGUGGUAAGAGAUUCACUUGCACCUGUUAUAUCAUACUGCUUCAAUCAGAAUAUGUUUCUUGUUCUGAAAUAACAAGUAUAACAUCUUCAAUCCCAUCUGCAUGAAACAAGAUACGUUGUUAUCUUUUUCCUUGGAGAUGUAACACAUCUUGAGAGCUGAUAUGUUAUCAUAACUGCCAAUUGAUUCAGCAGGUACCAUUAUUAAUUGACCCUGAAUAAAAAAUACAUUUACAUCAACAAUAAGAACAUUUAAAAUUAGAGAGGUCACCUUUCUUAUUGAGGUCAGAUCAGGUAUCAGUGAUCUGUGACAUUUUUCUGCUACACAUAGGAAUGAAUAUCAUUUAUUAUGCUUUGUAAUCAAAGCCUCAUAAAUCUACUCUUCUUUUCAUUGGUCAGUAGUAGUUAAAUAUGUACCUAAAACACUCAACUCCCUCUCUCAAAAUAUUAAUCCAAUUACAAAGUAGUGGGGGCCCAAGUGAUUGUAGCUUCCUUUCCUUCCUUUUAACUGUGACAUAGAUUUUGAUUACUAUAGUUUUUUGUCAGGCUACACCAAUUAUUUGUUGUUAUUAGAAGUUUGCCAUAAAUACUUGCCUUAACACUCCUUUUCUCUGCCUUUCUGUUUGCUUCCCCCAUUCAUUUGCCUCAUCAUCUUGCUCCUGCACUCCCCAUCAAGAUUUAUUUUUCCAUUUCUGAAUGUCUCUCUACCACGCAUGCAUGAAGGCAAGCUUGCAAUUUUUUCCUCUCGGUGUGAAAGAUUAAGCACCUUUUUUCAUGAGUGCUGUUUUAAUUCACAUCAUUUAUGCUUGUAUAGCUGAUGUUGAUUUGUCUUUUGUCAACACAUAAACCAUGUAUGAUUAUGUGCACUGCAUACAUUUUUCAACAGGUCUGUAACAAUGUACCAGUUCAUGUUCAUCAAAUUCAACUCAUAAUGUAUGUCUUGUGUCCCUUAUUUAAUAAGAGCUUCUAUCUGAGCUUUAUUGCCACAGCCUACAAAUAUACCCCAUACACUUUUCUUUCUUUUAUUUUUGUUUUUGGCUUGUGCUGUAUGAUAAGUUCAUUCACACAUCACAAAACUGUGUUUUCUGAAUGCGAGAUUUAAUACUAAUGGCUCUUCCUUUAGUUGGCAGAUAAGCCUCAGUUGUAUUAUUGUCCUGUUGCAUAUGAAGUCUCCAUACUCCAAACGAAGACUUAAAAUGCAACAGGACAUAAUGCAGCAUCUUCCUGCCAAUCGCUCAAAUGAAAAACUGAGGCUUGAAUUCCUCCAAUGCCUUUUUCUCUUGUUCAUAUUUCUCUGUAGCAUGGUUUUACAUCAGAUUUUCCUUCCAUGCCAUCCACCUCUUCACUGCAUCUCUACUCUUGCAAGAAAACCAGUUAAAAAGUUUCUUGUUUGGGAAUACCAAUUAGUCCAUAUAUCUUAUUGCUCCUCCUUCUUGCACACCCUCUUGUUAAGUUAGUGUGUAUUUUGUGACAGCUUUUCAGUUAAUGAACUGCCAGAAUCUAUAUUAUCUCACCAUGCUGUGUGUAGCAUAUGCUCAGAGCACAUGACUAACUUGUUUGUGUAAUUUAUCAACACUGCUGUUAAAUACAUAGCAUCUAUUUAUUUCAAGCAUCCUUCUGUAAAUGUCAUUAAUUAUUCAUGCCUCAGCUUUCAUUAUCAUUAUACAUAUUUUUGUUUAUAAGUAUUUACAGUGUUUCUGCCUACACACAAACAUUUACAUAUCACUGUUGUGUACACAAAUAGAUUAUUUUUUGUUAUUUGGCAAAAUUCAAACCAUAAACAAGACCUGGAAAUUUAAUACUUUCAAAACACAUGUGAGGAGAGCAAGACACAUAAAUUAUCUUUUAUCUUCUGGUUUUGAAACUGUUGUUUUUGUGGAAAUCUGUAGAUAGUAUGAUCUUCUCUGUGUGUCAGUUAUUGUCAAUACUCAUAUUUUACCUGUUGGCUGUUAUUCUUGUCCAUACAUUUCUACUGCUGUAAAUUUCUGCCUUCUUGUUGAAGUAAUCAUAAUUACAUAAGAAGAAUGCUUUAAAUGAAGGCAUUUCAUAUUCAAUUUUUAUAUGACAGUAUGAUAGGGCAUUAUGGUCACAUACACAGAGAGCAUCAUAAGCUUCAAAUUGUCUUGCACUUCUAUUUGUCAAUGAUUGUUGAGUAAAGACUGUAGUGAAGUCUCUGUAAUUAAAUAGAUGGUUUCUCUUUGUGUGAUUUUAAUUAGCUCCAAGGAGUCUCAUAUUUUAAUCAAAAUGCAUUUACCAUAAUUUCUUAUAUAUUUAUUCUUAUUUUUUAUUUCUUUAUUGUAAAAUAUGGAGUCAGUGUAAAUUGAAUGAUUUAUUUUGUUUCCUAAAUGAUAAGAAGGCAGCUCACAUUUCCGUCUUUAUUUAAAGCAAGUUUUAUAUUUAACUAAAAUACUAUGAAGACUUAUUUAAAAAUUAUGUUUAUUUUCAGAAGAUUAUUUAUUUUCAUUAUAUCAAUGGCCAAAAUUCAUAAUAUAAUAACUGUAAAUCUGCAAAGUGAGCCAUACUGUGUGUGUGUGUGUGUGUGUGUGUGUGUGUGUGUGUGUGUGUGUGUGGCCGUAAUGCAAACUGAUACAAUUAAUGUACUAUAUUACAAGAGCACAGCUCUUAUUAUGAAAAGUGCAAUAAGGUGUGAAUGUUUGUGUGCACUGUUGUGUGGGUUUACAAUUUUUUGUGAGAAGCUUGAGUUGGAAAUGCAAUGGCAGUAUAUGAAUUUAUACAUUGUUUGUCUUUGAAUGAAGGGACAUGUUCACUUUACAAGUGUCUUAUGUUGUAUUUUUGUACUGAAGCAGUUACACAAACUUAUUUUUAGAAAACAUUUCUUUUUUUGUAAACAUUAUUAAUGACAACAAAGUAGCAAUACAAGAAAGUUGGAUCUCUUUCUGAUUUCUGUGUGUGAGUUGCUUUAAGUGAAAUUCACAAAAUCUUUUAAAAAUUUACAUAAAAUUGUUCUAGAAAAAUGUUUCUGCGCAAUACAAGGUACUGUAGUAUUUCUUUUCUCGACAGAAAUAAUAUUUGUAUAAACUUAUCUGUCUAAUCAGUCAUGUUCAACCUGCAGUGAAAUUUGAAUUGUAGCAGGUAAUUACAAAAGUUGUGAGUUGCUUAAGAAUUUAAGGUGGAUUUAUGUAAAGAAACAGCUUUUGUCCCAAGUUAAUAGUUCAUUCUGAGAAUGUGAUUUUGAAAUAACAGUUCACGUGUAGAAGUAUCUGUCAACAGUUGUAUGUCUGAGACACAAAAAAUAAAACUGAAAAUAUCCUGUUCUCAAUUAAAUAUUAUAUUACCCCUAAAAUCAGUGAUUAUGUCUCAAGCAUAUUGUGCAGUCUCUGUUUUGCUUGAGUUAGUGUGAUUUUAGGUUGUGAUAAUGUGAUAACCAAACAGUAUUUAUUUUAAUAACUGUUAAGUUAUUAAAGUGCACUAUUUUGUCACUGCUGUUUACAUAUAGAAAUCAAUCCUGAUGCCUAAUACUUUUAUAAAAAUUGUUUUUGUUUCUGUGAUAACCUAUCAGCAGACUGUCAGAUUAAUGUUAAACAGGAUCUCAUAAAACAUUUGUUCUGAGGUAAUAAAUGAU